CGGUCCCUACCGCCUGGCCUGGACGAGACAUAACGCAAUACAUGUUCCUGAUACGUUAGUCAAAAUUACUGUUUAUAAAUUAUAUUAAAUGCAAUGCACCAUUCCAACAACCGAUAGCAGUGACACGAUUGCCAGCAUCCUGCAAAGCAACUCCAUGACACUGAAUCCAGUGUACCUUGAGAAGCAGCAAUCUACUGUCAAGGGUGAGAGAUGCUUACACAGGUGAGCAGCACCCAUGCCCAACGGGUGUUGUCUUUUCUGAAUGAGCAGAGGGGUCUUGGCUGGUUCUGUGAUGCCAAGCUGACUGUAGGAGGAGAUGGGAGGGCGUACAAUGCCCAUCGCAACAUCCUGGCCUGUUUUAGUAAGAUUUUCCAGGAAUCUGAGCCAACCACUACCAUGGUUAAGAAGGUCUCCCUCCCAAAGGAGUGCCCCACUGACGGCCUGGAACUACUUCUAGACUUUUUCUACACAGGGGAUUUGAAGCUUGACUCUCUGAAUCUGGACAAUGUGCAACAGGCUGCAGACAGCCUAUGUGUACCAGAUGCGCUCGCCCUCUGUCAGCAGUUCACCACAGAAGGGACCAUCUCUCCAGAAGAACCUCCGUCUGCAGAUCUUCUGGGUGAAGAUGAUGGCCUAAUCCCACCUGUAACGUCUACGGAAACCAAGGUCCCCCUAAAAAGGGGGAGGCCCCCCCAAAAAAGAGGGAGACCCAAAAAAUCCCAAACCCCUAGUAGCAGCUCAAGUAAGAAGGAUCCUCCAGAAGCAACCGCCACCACAACUCGCUCUGGGCGUAAGGUGAAGAUCUCCAGAAGGCUGCUUGGAGAGGGCCCCAGGCCGCAGCUCCUGCCCCAGGGAACCACCAGCAGGGGAACACCACAACUAGUUAUCAGCCUAAUGGAUAGAAGUGAUGGGGCUGAGGACGAGGGACAAAGCCUCCCUCAGCCUACAGAUACAACAGAGGUAACAGACAUGGUCACUGGCAUUGUACCAGAUGUUAGCUAUAAAGCUAAUUCUCAUUUGCAGCCUCACGAUGAUGAUGACGAUGAUGAUGGUUUGAUGGAGGGGGUGGAUGAGGACACGGAUGAAGAGUAUGUGCCCCAUGCCCUACCGACUACCACCUCCAGCCCCAAAGGCAGACGUAAAGGACCAGGCAAAGCUGUCAAUAAAGAGAACAGUGAGGAGGCGGCCAAGGGCUCCAAAAAGGGCUCUGUUCAGUGCCCCACCUGCAAUAAGACCUUCCUCAGCAAAUAUUAUCUCAAAGUACACAACAGGCGUCAUACGGGUGAGAAGCCCUUUGCAUGCUCUAAGUGUGGGAAGAGGUACUACAGGAAGGAGAAUCUGAUGGACCACCAGGCCCGGAACUGCAAAUGUGGUGAAAAAGUAAAAGCGGUGCACAACUGUCUUCAAUGCCCCAUGUCAUUUGACAGAGUGGUGGAUCUACGUCUGCACACUGUCUCCCAUACAGGGGAAAUGCCCAAUAAGUGUACGUCAUGCUCGGAACAGUUUAUGCGUAAAAAAGAUUUGAGAAACCACGAAAUCAAAAUCCACGGCGCACCCAAACCACAUGCAUGCUCUCUGUGCAGCAAAGCCUACCUGUCUAAAACGGAGGUGCGUCUGCAUGAGGCGUCCAAGCAUCGAGGCGAGAAGCUCUUUGUGUGUGAAGAGUGUGGCCAUCGAGCCUCCAGCCGAAACGGCCUGCAGAUGCACAUCAAAGCCAUUCACAGAAACGAGCGUCCAUUUGUCUGUGAGUACUGCAACCAUGCGUUUACCCAGAAGGCCAACCUCAACAUGCACCUGCGCGUUCACACUGGAGAGAAGCCCUAUCAGUGCCACCUCUGUGGGAAGACCUUCCGGACACAGGCCAGUCUUGACAAGCACCAUCGCACCCACACGGGAGAGCGGCCUUACAGCUGUGAGUUCUGUAACCAGCGCUUCACAGAGAAGGGCCCGAUGCUCCGCCAUGUCGCCAGCAAGCACCAGGACGACCGCCCUCACUGCUGUAAGAUAUGUGGCAAGACCUUCAAGGCCAUCGAGCAGCUCCGGGUCCAUGUGCGUCGCCAUCAGGGCAUGAGGAAGUUUGAGUGCGAAAAGUGUGGCUACAAGUUCACCAGACAGGCCCACUUACGACGUCAUAUUCAGGUCCACAACCGCACCGAGAACUACAACCCGCGGGAGAGGAAGCUACGGAACCUGAUAGUAAAGGAUGAGGGGUCGCAGGAGGAGGAUGAGACUAGCCCCUCACCAACACCACCCACUGAGAAGGGGACACCUGAGGGGCUGGCACCUGUCUCUGGACCCAGUGUCCCUCUUCCUGUCUUUGGACUUGGACUCAGUGUGUCUGGACCUGGAACUGUACCAGGAGCCAGUGACAUCCUCAGGGUGGUUAUUCAGCCCCUGGUGGAGGAGGUGGUGUCCAGCCAAGGGCAGGUGGUGGUGGGCUUUAACCAGGCUGUGGUGGGGCAUGGGCCUGGCCAGUUGGAGGUAGGCUUAACCCAGAGCCAAGGUGUGGUAGGCCAAGGCCAGGUAGAGGUGGGCCUUACUCAUGGCCAGGUCGGCUUUCCCCAGGUUGGGGUGGGACAGGGACAUGGCCAGGUGGAGGUGCUCUCCUCCCAGGGUUUGGGUGUGGUGGGGCAUGGUUUCAUUGUGACAGAUGUGAUGGACCAGACUCUCCUGGUGGCAGGAGACUACCCCAUCUCUGAGACCACGGUGGAUCUGAAGGACAUACGGGAGGAUCCUCCUGCUAAGAGCAAGGCCUGAGGACGGGACAGGCAACGUAUUGUGACGUGGAAUCUACUUGGGAAAAUACAUGGGAUUUGAAAAACGUUAUUAACUGUUGUUUUGAGGGUGACAUUUCAACCACAGGAUUAUGUCAUCAUAGUAACUCAAUUUCAACAUAGACAAACCCUUGUAUAAAAUAUGUUGAAUUAAAACAACGUCAGAUCUUCAACGUUCUGUUCACUAUCAGGAAAAAGAACACAACAGGCUGGGGCAGCACCUAGUGGAGAAUGUAUCUACAGCAGAGCUGACUGGGGCUUGUUGUUUUUUUGUGUGGAAUUUAUUUAUUUAUUUUUUACGAAGUCAGUCGGGGUCUCAACCUACUGUUUAGAGAUAGCAUAGUAGAAUACAAAAUGUGCAAUUUCAAUAGUUUUCCUCUUGUUAUGUCAGUCACUGACAGUCAAUCAAUUAGCCCAUGUCAGCUAACAUUUUAUAGAUUGCUAGGUAAGUUAGUCUAGCUAGCUAUCUAAAUCUUGUUGUAAUCAUGGCCGAGUUACUGACCGGACACCCAAGGCACGUGCCCUGACCUCCAAGGGGCCCCCCAUUGAUUUUGUUAGUCACUCUCACACAGAUAUCAUAAGAACAUGCAGGGAAUUCACAUACAAAUUGCUACAUUUUCUCUCCUUCCCAUGGCAAAAUGAGUAGAAUUGCAUUCAAUUAGUUUUGCAUUCAUUUCGUUUUAAAACUACAAACUAUUCUUUCUGCCCCAUGGAAAAAUGUGUAGAAUUGCAGAAAGUCUGAUUUAAAACUGCAACAUUUUCUCCACGCCCCAAGGAAAAUGUGUCGAAUUGCAGGACAUUAACUUCAAAGUAGCACGUUUUUCUCUCUGCCCGCCAAGAGGGGGGCCACUAAAAUGUUUUGCCUUUGAGAUGGGUAAAAAUAUUUAUUGGGGCCCCCAAAAUGCUAGGGCCCUGCACAUUUGCAAGGUAUUAGCGUUAUGAACAUAGAAAGGAAUACAUCUUUAAUGCUGGCAAUCAGAAUGUGUUGUUUGGUGUCAAGUUAUAUGGCUACAAUUUGGUUAAUGCUUGAAAUGUAUUUAUAUAAUUACAAAAAAGCGAUUGUUUAAAUUGUUAUAUUUUUAAAUAAAUGCCUAUUUGUUCAGCCCACA